AUGGCGGAGGUGGAUCCAGAGACGCUGCUGGAAUGGCUGCUGACGGGGCAGGGCGACGAGCGCGACAUGCAGCUCAUCGCGCUCGAGCAGCUGUGCAUGCUGCUGCUCAUGUCCGACAACGUCGACCGCUGCUUCGAGAGCUGCCCUCCCAGGACGUUUCUUCCCGCUCUGUGCAAGAUCUUCCUGGAUGAGUGCGCCCCGGACAAUGUGCUCGAGGUCACCGCCCGGGCCAUCACCUACUACUUGGAUGUCUCAGCGGAGUGCACUCGGCGCAUCGUGGCGAUCGACGGCGCGGUGAAGGCGAUCUGCAACCGCCUGCUGACCGUGGACCCCAACAACCGCACCAGCAAGGACCUCGCAGAGCAGUGCAUUAAGGUGCUGGAGCUAGUGUGCACGCGCGAGGCGGGCGCGGUGUGGGAGGGCGGCGGGCUGCCGUGCGUGCUGCACUUCAUCACGUCGCACGGGACGCACGUGCUGGAGCUAGUGUGCACGCGCGAGGCGGGCGCGGUGUGGGAGGGCGGCGGGCUGCCGUGCGUGCUGCACUUCAUCACGUCGCACGGGACGCACGUGCACAAGGACACGCUGCACUCCGCCAUGGCCGUCGUGUCCAGGGUGUGCGGCAAGAUGGAGCCCGGCUCCGGGCGCGUGGACUCGGCCGUGUCGUCACUGUCGUCACUACUACGCCACAGCGACACUCGUGUUGCCGACGCAGCGCUGCGUUGCUUCGCGUCGCUAGCGGAUAGGUUUGCGCGCGCGCAUACCGACCCCGCGCCGCUGGCUAGGCACGGUCUGAUAGAGGAGCUGGUCCGGCGACUCGGCAGCGCGGAGAGCGGCGCGGGCUGCGUGUCCCCGGCCGUGUCCACCACCGUGAGCCUGCUGUGCACGCUGUGCCGCGGCUCCGACCAGGUCACCCACGACCUAGUCCGCCUGGACAUCUGCGGCGCCAUGGAGGCGUGCGUGUCCGUGGACGAGCGCGCCUGCCUCGAGUGCAUGCGCCUGGCCGACCUGCUGCUGGUGCUGCUGUGCGAGGGCAGCCACGCCAUACACACCUCCCCCCCGCGCAAGCCGGCCGCCGCCGCCGCCUCCUCCUCCACCGGCGAGGGUUCUUCCAACACGCGCGGAGACAAGUCGCACAGACAACUCAUAGACUGCAUCCGGGGGAAGGACACGGAGGCGCUAUUAUCGGCCGUCUCGAGUGGACAAGUGGAUGUCAACUUCACGGACGAUGUGGGACAGACGUUGCUGAAUUGGGCGGCUGCGUUUGGGACCAAGGAGAUGGUCGAGUUUUUGUGUGAGAAAGGAGCGGACGUGAACCGCGGUCAGCGCAGUUCGUCCCUCCACUACGCCGCUUGCUUCGGCCGCCCCGCCAUCGCCAAGGUGUUGUUGCGACACGGGGCCAACGCGGACUUGAGAGACGAGGACGGCAAGACGCCGCUGGAUAAGGCUAGAGAGAGACACGAUCAAGGUCACAGGGAGGUGGCGUGCAUCCUGCAGUGCCCGGGCGAGUGGCUGGUGGUGGGGCAGUGCCCGCCCGCCAACCACGACGCCUUCCCGCCCACCGCCGACCAGCAGGCGGCGCCCGAGUUCCUCGAACGGCUGAUCCCAGUAUUCUGCGCGCGUUACCUCGCCUCAGUGUCCAGCUCGUCGAAGCGCGCGUGCCUGUCGCUGGUGCGCAAGAUGGUGCGCUACUGCCCGCGCAGCCUGCUGCCGCGCCUGCCGGCCCGCGCGGCGCUGGCGCUGAGCCAGCUGCUGGCCGCCGUGCUGCCCCACACUGACGACGACGACAGCCAACUUAUCGCCAUCGGCAUAGCUGAAGAACUCCUCACGAAGGCCCCAGACGUGUACCUCGAGCAGUUCGCUCGGCUCGGGGUGUUCAGUAAAGUGGAGCAGCUGGCGGCCGCCGCGCCUGAGGAGGAGGCUGCGGGGGAAGCGACGGAGGGGGGGGAUGCAGCGGUCCCCGAAGACGCGACCUCCCUGCUCAGCGGCACGGCCUACACGUGGGGCUCCUGGGCCCUCUGCCGCGGCCGCGACGCUCUCUACGUGUGGUCGGACGCGGCGGCGCUGGAGCUCAGUGCCGGGAGCAACGGCUGGUUCCGCUUCCUGCUAGAUGGGAAAUUAGCUACGAUGUAUUCGAGUGGCAGUCCGGAGCACCAGACUGAUAAUUCCGAAAACCGUGGCGAGUUCAUAGACAAGCUGCAGCGGGCGAAGGCGUCCGUCAAGAGCGCGGCGCCGCAGCCCGUGCUGUCCAAGCCAGGCCCAGCCAAGCUCGUGCUGGGGAACUGGGCGCUCACUUGUAACACCGAGAAAGAGCUCCAAAUCCACAACACGGACGGCCAGCAACAGACCACCAUCCUGCGCGAGGACCUGGCCGGGUUCAUAUUCGAGUCCAACCGCGGCACAGCCCACUCCUUCACGGCAGAAACCUUCCUGGGCCCGGAGCUGGCGAGUGGAUGGACUGAUAGGAAGGUGGAGAGCAGCCAGAACAACCAGGCCAGUAGUAGGGCUGGCGGGAAGAGCGAGGCCAUGAAGGUUCAGGUGAGCACCCGCGCGCGCGCCCUCUACUCGCGGCACCUGGCGGGCGCGGCCAGCAGACAGCCGCGCGCGCCCGUGGCCCGCCUGCGCGCCAUCCUCGCCGCGCUCGAGGGCACCGCUACGCAGCCGCAGCCGGACUGGCAGAAGACAUUAACGGACUCACUGGUGGAACUAUCGGAGUUGCUGUGCGGAGAGGAGGUACUGUCGGCGUACGAGCUGCAGUCGUCCGGCCUGGCGCCCUCGCUGCUGACGCUACUGUCCGAGCAACCCACUGACACCCCGGCCCAGUACGCCGAGCGCAUCCAAACCAUCCGCGCCUGGGCGUCAUCCAGCGACUGCCACCCGGCGGAGCUGGCGCGGCGGCUGGUGGCGGUGCUGGAGGGCGUGGAGCGCCUGCCCGUGGUGGCGGGCGGCGGCGGGGCGGGCGCGCCGCACAAGCCGCCCGCCCUCACGAGGCGGCUCAGACUGCACGUGGAGCGCGCGCCGGACGACGUCACCACCAACCCCGAGAAGAGCACGCCGCGCAACCUCAAGGUGGAAGCGUUGACCACAGUGCGUCAGCUGGAGCGGUUCCUGGCCAAGUCCGUGGCGCGGCAGUGGUACGACCUGCCGCGCGGCACCUUCGCCUUCCUCAACAAGAUCACCAGCGACGCGCCGCUCACCUUCACCUACGAUCACGACUUCGACGAGAACGGCGUGAUCUACUUCAUCGGCAGCAACGCGGGCGCGGCGCCGUGGGUCAACCCGGGCGCGCACGGGCUGCUCAGCGUGUGGUCCUCGGACGGCCGCCAGAUGCCCUACGGACGGCCCGAGGACGUGCUCUCCAGGUCGCCGGAACCGCUCAACGUGCACACCAACGACGACCGGCGCGCGUUCAUAGCCAUGGACCUGGGGCUGCAGCUGGUGCCCUCGGCCUACACGCUGCGCCACGCGCGCGGCUACGGACGCUCCGCGCUCAGGAACUGGCUGUUCCAGAUGUCAGCAGACGGCGUGACCUGGUCCACGCUGCUCUCGCACUCGGACGACCGCGCGCUCUCCGAGCCCGGCUCCACAUCAACUUGGAGAAUCAGAGCUGACGCCCCCUACAGAUACGUGAGGAUCCAGCAGAACGGGAAGAAUGCCAGCGGACAGAGCCAUUACCUGUCGCUGUCUGGGUUCGAGAUUUAUGGCACGGUGACAGCGGCAUGCGAGCCCUCCCCCCGCCCCUCCUCAGGGCGCGCGCGGCGCGUGGGGCGGGCGCGCGGGGCGUGCGCGGGCGCGCGGGUGGUGCGCGGGCCCGACUGGAAGUGGCGCGAGCAGGACGGGCCGCCGCCCGCGCGGGGCACCUUGACCAGCGACCUGCAUAAUGGAUGGGUUGAUGUUAGGUGGGACCACGGCGGGCGCAACUCGUACCGCAUGGGCGCCGAGGGCAAGUUCGACCUGAAGGUGAUCAGCUCGCGCAAGAGCCACAGCACGCCCAGCCUGCCCUCCGCCACGGGGCAGGACCUGCAGGUAUCCGUAGCAUCCACGGAACAAGCUUCGUCCGCCGACAACAUCUCAGCUGAAGAGAUGGCCAGCAACAUGACUCGCUCGCGACCCGCGCACGCCGGCGACCUGUCUGCCAUUAACAACUCUACGCAUCAUAUUAAUAUGGAUCUAACAACAAUAGUGGAAUCGCUCACCCUGGGCGCUGAAGGCAACAACUGCCUCGAGCUAGGCAACAACAUGGACAUGGGCCCCGCCAGCAUCACCGACAUCACCAAGCCGUACCCGGCCAAGCAGCCGCUGCCCGAGACCAGCGAGCAGGAGUGUGAGGACAACUCGGGCGACUCGGGGCAGUUCGGCGCGCAGGGCGGCGCCGGCAACAUGAGCGCCAGCGAGCCCGACCUCACGCAGCAGGAUGACUUUCAGGGCGCAGUCCGUUUGCUGGAGUCUCUGGGCAUGUCUCGCGGGGGCGGCGCGGGGCGCGGGGCGGCGCCGCAGCGGGCCAAUAGGAGCAAUCAUACCAAUAGUCUGUUCCCGAGCCUGGUCCGCCUGGCGUUAUCCAGCAACUUCCCGUCGGGCCUGCUGUCGGCGGCGCAGAGCUACCCGUCGCUGGCUCCCAACGCGCAGAACGCACUCACCCUCUCACUCACCUCCACGUCUAGUGAGAGCGAGCAGGUCAGAUAUAUUGUUACAAACUGUGGCGUACCGCAAGGGGCAGUACUUGGGCCUGUUUUGUUUAAUAUUUAAAAACUUCCCGUCGGG